AUGCUAUCGCCUCCACCUCGUUUCACUGGCCAUCAUCCUCAUUAUUCUCAACAUCAUCAUGCAACUACAAGUGGUCAAACGUCUAAUUCACUUACUUCAUCUAUUGUACCUGUUCAGCCAGGUGAAAUUGGUUUUGAUGGAAAAAUGUUACGUAAAGCUAUGGCUCGUAAAACAGUUGAUUAUAAUCCAUCAAUUAUACGUUAUCUUCAAAAUUCGAUUUGGCAACGAAAUUUAACUGAUGGACGAUCAUUACAACCUGAUGUUCUUUAUAUUCCACAUCUUGUUCCACCUCAUGCUCUUCUAUCAAAUCCAGUAAAUUGUGUAAUGACAAAAUUUAUUCGGCCAGCUACCAAUAAAGUUCGAUGUCCAAUUUUUUGUGUUUGUUGGACACCUGAUGGUCGUCGUUUAAUAACAGGUGCAUCUAGUGGAGAAUUUACAUUAUGGAAUGGAUUAACAUUUAACUUUGAAACUAUUUUACAAGCACAUGAUUCUGCUGUACGUGCAAUGAUUUGGUCGAAUAAUGAACAAUGGAUGUUAACUGGUGAUCAUAAUGGUUUUGUUAAAUAUUGGCAAUCAAAUAUGAAUAAUGUUAAAGUAUAUCAAGCACAUAAUGAUCCAGUUAGAGGUUUAACAUUUUCACCAAAUGAUAGCAAAUUUGCCAGUUGUUCCGAUGAUAGUUUUAUUCGUAUAUUUGAUUUUAUGACGGGUACUGAAGAACGUGAAUUACGAGGUCAUGGUUGUGAUGUCAAAUGUGUUGAUUGGCAUCCACAUAAAGGUUUACUUGUAUCUGGCAGUAAAGAUUCUCAACAACCAAUUAUUCUUUGGGAUCCAAAAAGUGGAAAAAAAUUAGCAACACUUCAUGCUCAUAAAAAUACAUGUAUGGCAUUAAAAUGGAAUCGUCAUAAUGGAAAUUGGUUAAUAUCAGCAUCACGUGAUCAUUUUUGUAAAUUAUUUGAUAUAAGAAAUCUUAAAGAAGAAGUUCAAUGUUUUCGUGGACACAAAAAAGAAGCAUGCACAUUGGCAUGGCAUCCAAUACACGAACGACUUUUUUCAAGUGGAGGAUCCGAUGGUUCAAUUUAUUUUUGGCUUAUCGGAACAGAAAAAGAAUUAGCUGGUAUGGAUGAUGCACACGAAGGUAUGAUAUGGGAUAUGUCAUGGCAUCCUCUUGGUCAUAUGCUUGUUAGUGGUUCAAAUGAUCAUACAACACGAUUUUGGACACGUAAUCGAUCUGGUGAUACUGUACUUGAAAGAAGUGAAGAAGGACAAUUACUACAUGCUGCACGUCUUGAACAAUUACAUCGCGAAGAAUUAGAACAUGAACGUUCAAUGGAAAUGAAUAUGCCUGGUUUAGGUUUUGAAGGUGGUUUACUUGAACAAUUACAACAACAACAACAAGAUGAGACAACUAAUCAACGUGAAGUUGGUAUACCUAGUCAAGAAUUUUCAAAUGACGAUGAAGAAAGUCGACGAAGACGUGCACCAUUUGCCAAACCAGUACCUAAAUCAUUUGAAGAAGCAUGGCGUUCUGUUGAAACAUUUUCGGGUUCGUUGGAGUCUGAUGAUUCUUUUUAUUCUCAACAAGCUCCGCCACCAGCGAAUUUUUCACAUGGAGUACCCUCAAUGCUCGACGAUUAUCCUCGAAAUAGUGGAUCAUCUGAUUAUGAUACUCGUGCCGGUGGUCCACCGAUGAAACGACUACGCCAUGAUGUUUUCAAUGAUGGUCAUUGGGCUAAUGCACCCACAGAACGACGAGGAACGAAUUUUUCAUCAAUACCACAAAAUCAAGCAUCUCACUGGCGACAGAGCACUAAUGAGUUACCAGCAAGUGCUAACACUAUAUUAGAUGAAACACUUGGUGAUACAUUAACUGCUGCACAACAAGGUGUUUCACCAUUUUUUCAAACAGCUAGUGAUGAAGAAAUACGAGGAUUUAAUCAAACAUUAAGAAUAUUUCAAAAAUGA